AUGGGGACGCGGCGGUACGGAGCCUUGGAGUUGGUCGACGGGGGAGAGCCGGCGUCGUGGGACCAAGUCGGCGAGGACGCGCUGAUGCGGAAGGUGCGGGAGCUGCGAGCAGCGCUGGGCGGGCGGGCGAAUGUGCGGUCGCAGGCAGUGAGUCAGGGCAGCACGGACGAGCCGCUGGGCUCCACCAUCGUGGACCCGCUCGGCCUGGGGCCUCUGGACGUGGAGCACAUGUGUCUGCAGAGCCGCUACGACAAGGGCAAGGCUGCACCUGACCGCUCUCUCCACCCAGAGAUGCUGGUGAAUCUGGACGAGGCGUUUGAGCCGAUGCUGUACCUGACGGUGGUGCACGGGGGCAGCAGUGCGCGCGAGCUGGAGGAGGGGCGGGAGAAGCUGGGCGAGACGAUGCAGCGUGAGAAGGAGCAGCUCAAGCGCCUCGUGCAGAACAACUUUGACUGCUUCAUCUCCUGCAAAACCACCAUCAACGACAUCGAGCGCGGGCUAGCGUCAAUGAAGAGGGACUGUGCGUUGGACACACUGGCAGCGGCCAUCUUCAAUGUGGACCACCACUCCAAGACCGCCUUCGGCCCGCUGCUCGAACGCAGAGCGCAAGUGCAGCGGAUCCAGUCAGUGCAGGGGCUGCUGCUGCGGUUCCGCACGCUCUUCAACAUGCCAUCCGCCAUCCGCGCCCACCUGCGCAAGCACGAGUACGACAGCGCCGUUCAUGAGUACCUCAAGGCCAAGUCCAUCUCGCUCACCGGCCACUCGAACAUCCUGAGGAGGGUGAACGAGGAGGUGGAGAAGGUAGUGGACGAGUUCAGCCGCAUCCUGUACGCACAGAUGAGCGACCCCACCGCCCCACCCGCCACCGUAGAGAACGCCAUCCGGCUGCUGUUAGAGAUCGACCCAGACAGCGACCCCGUGUGGCAGUACGUGGGCAUGCGGGAGCGGCGCAUCCGAGGGCUGCUGGAGGCGUGCGUGCAGCAGCAUGAGCGCCGCGUGCAGGGCAUUCGCCGCCGCCGCCAGGAGAAGCGCGAGGAGGAGCACCAGUGGCGCCUGCUGCAGCGCAACCCCCAUGAGAAGCUGGAGCCGGGGCUGGCGGCAUUCCUGAACGGGGAGGUGGAGGAGCAGGAGGAGGCGGAGGACGUGUUGGAUGGGGAGGAGGAGGAGGAGGUGCAGCAGCAGCACGCGCUGCUCGUGUGCCGCCUCGCCGCCGUGCUGCAGCAGCAGCUGCCGCAGCUCUGGAAGGUCAUGCUGGGCAUCUUCACCGGCAAGUUUGCCAACUUCUCCAAAGAGACUCCGGCAGCAGCAGCGUACCCCUACGCAGGGGCAUACGGAGCCAAGCCGCCCUUACCGCGCUCCAACUCGGGCCUCUCCAACCAGGGCGGGGGCGGGGCAGGAACAGGGGGCCCGUACCGCAAGCACACACAGAUGGAGGGGGUGGCGAUGGUGAUGGGCAUCGUGGGCGUGUUUGAGGGCCACGUCACAGACGCGUUCACGGCGCUCGAGAGCAGCCGCGAGCUGCGCCCCCACAUGCUGCAGGCCGUCACCGCUGUCGCUCAAGCGUCCUCCGCCUUUGCUGCUGCGGAGGCGGCUCCUCCCCUGGCAGUGCAAGCGCUGCACCAGUGCCGCAUCACCAUCACGGCUCGCUUUGUGCGGCAGCUGUGCUUCAUCAUGCGCGGGGCAGCGGGGGACGUGGCUCGGCAGGAGGAGUGGGUGCCGGCGCCCGCGCACCUCAUCAAGGGCUCCGAGUUUGACAUCUCGCACUUCCCCGUGCGCUUUGGGGACACCGUGGGGGCUGCCUUGGACCAGAUCACACAGGCUCUGGCGCAGCUGUCAAAGGACGGCCCCAGCAUCCCAGUGGCAAGCGGGUCGGAUGCAGCAGCAGCACAGGCGGUGGCAGCGGCGGAGGUGUGGCGGAUGUACGCAUCGGUCAAGACCACCUUCUACGAGUCGUUUGUGGAUGCGUGCGGUGAGUUGAAUUGGCAGCUGGACUCGCUCGUAUUCGACCCUCAUGAGCUUGCAUUGGCUCACGAGACAGCAGAGGCGCUGCUGGAGAAGGCCAAGCAGCUACCAGACGGAUCCACUCCCCACGGGGCGCUGGGGCAGAUGGCCAAGCAGCUGCCAGACGGAUCCGCCCCGCCCGAGGGGGAGGAGGGGGCGGAGGGCGAGGAGGAAGGGGGGGGCGAGGGGGCGGGCGGGGCGCCGCAGUUUGAGGGGCUACAGCAGGGCGUGGAGGUGGGCAACCCGCACCAGCGCAUCCUCAUGCUCCUCAGCAACGCCGGCUUCUGCCGCUCUGUUGUGGCGCGCGACCUCGCCCAGCGCUACCAGCACCUCUGGAACGACCCCAGUGCAUCAGCCCCAACAGCAUCGAGGCCGGGCUACACACCGCCAGCACUGAGCGAGGUGGAGCAGCUGCUGGCAGACGUGGAGCGCGUGUUCGUGGAGGCGGAGACAGCCGUGGGCGACCAGUACAUAGCGGCCAAGGCGCAGCAUCUGGGCAUGGCUGUUAUCCGCUACUUCCUUGAGGAUGGCACCUCCUGGGCUGCUGCGCCUCCUGUCAAGGGUCUGCGGGACUCGGCUCUGGAUCUCAUCCUGCCCCUCGUCGCCGUGCAUGCUGAGGUAUCAGCGGGAUGCAGCCCAUUCGUGGACCGGGCAAUCAACACGCUAGCAGAGGGGCUAAUGGACGCGCUGCACCAGGUGGCCUUCCAGCACGCCGACCUGGAACAGCUCGACGCCAACGCCUUCUGCCAGCUCUCCCUCGAGCUGGACUACUUCCAAGCGGUGCUACAACCGUUCGCCUCGCCCUCACUGGACGACAUAAUAUUCCAGCUGCGCGACAUGCUGCUGCACCGCACCAUGCAAUCCAUCGCUGCCGCCGGCCCGCCGCCCGACGACCGCCCCAGCUACGAGCGCCAGCUGUCGCGGGGCGGCGGGAUGCGGUCGGGGGAGUGGGGCGAGGAGAGGGACAUCCCCACGCCGCAGACACCCGAGCAGCUCAAGGGCAUAGCGGACAGCCUGUCAGCGGAUCUGCUGCCAGGGGAGCUGAGGCGCACGCGGGUGAACGUGUUCUGCUUCGGCCUGCGCCUGCCCGACGACUCCCUGCAUGCCUCCCCCUCGGGCGCGUACGACAAUGCCUCCACCAUCCACGGCGCGCAGUCCACCAUCUCCUCCUCCUCCGGCUCCAGUGCCAACCGCGCCUACUCCGCCAUUCUCCCCGUGCCUGAUACUUCUGCUGGCCUUGCUGCCAGGGCUAGAGCUGCUGGUGCUGCAUCUUCUGCUGCUGCGGCGGCCGCUGUUGGGGAUGGGUACCGGCCGGGAGCAGCGGCUGGUGGUGCUGCUGGGGUGGGGCCGGCGGUUGGGGGGACGCCGAGGACAGCUGGGCUGAGAGGGUCGUAUGAAGGGGCGGGGUAUGGGGGAGGAGCAGGGGGAGGGAGAGGGGUGUAUGGAGCAGCAGCAGGAGGAGUUGCAGGAGCAGUGGGGGCAGGGAUGUAUGGGGGAGCAGCAGGCGGGGCAGCAGGGGCAUAUGGGGGCGGAGCAGGGGGAGCAGGUGGGGCAUAUGGGGGGGCGGGAGGGGCAGGGGCAGCAGCACCAUAUGGGGGAGCAGCAGUGCCUGGGUCUGCUGCGAGGGCCCUGGACAGGAGAGGGCAGCCGGGGACACGCGGUUAUGGUGGCGGUUACUGA